AGUUAUUGUAACCUACAAUCUAUUUUUUUCUUCUUUUUCCUUCUUUUUCCAGCAAAUGAGGCAACUGCACGGCGGAGGGGUCCCAGAGGAGACAAAGGGCCACCAGGAGAAAGGGGUCUACCAGGUGUACCCGGCAUAGAUGGUGAAGAUGGUCCACCAGGGCCACCAGGCCCCCCUGGUCCUCCAGGUCUUGGCGGAAACUUUGCUGCUCAGUAUGAUCCAUCUAAAGCAGCUGAUUAUGGCCAUGGACCCAUGGGUAUAAUGGGACCCAGAGGCGCACCUGGAAUAAGUGGACCCCCUGGUGCUCAAGGUUUCCAAGGACCUGCUGGUGAGCCUGGUGAACCUGGUCAAACAGGUCCCGUUGGUUCCCGUGGUCCAGGUGGUCCUCCUGGAAAGGCUGGUGAAGAUGGUCACCCUGGAAAACCUGGAAGAUCUGGUGAGAGGGGCGUUUCUGGUCCUCAGGGUGCUCGUGGUUUCCCUGGAACUCCUGGUCUGCCCGGCUUUAAAGGAAUUAGGGGACACAAUGGUCUGGAUGGUCAAAGGGGACAAGCCGGUGCUCCAGGUGUCAAGGGUGAACCUGGUGCCCAUGGUGAAAAUGGUAGCCCAGGACAAGCUGGUGCUCGUGGCCUCCCCGGUGAAAGAGGAAGAGUAGGUUCUCCUGGACCCUCUGGUGCUCGUGGAAGUGAUGGCAGCGCUGGCCCAACCGGUCCUGCUGGCCCCAUUGGUGCUGCUGGUCCUCCAGGUUUCCCAGGUGCUCCUGGUGCCAAGGGGGAUAUUGGAGCUGCUGGUGCUGUCGGUCCCAGUGGUCCUGCUGGUCCAAGAGGUGAGCCUGGACUUCCUGGUGCUUCUGGCCCCGUUGGCCCUCCAGGCAACCCUGGUGCUAAUGGCAUUGCUGGUGCUAAAGGCGCAGCUGGUCUUCCUGGUGUUGCUGGUGCUCCUGGUUUGCCUGGUCCUCGUGGUAUUCCUGGACCUGCUGGCCCAGCUGGUGCAGCUGGUCCUAGAGGACUUGCUGGUGAGCCUGGCCCUGCUGGAUCCAAGGGAGAAACUGGUAACAAGGGUGAACCUGGUGCUGCUGGUGCACCGGGUCCCGCUGGUCCAAAUGGUGAGGAAGGCAAGAGAGGCUCUACUGGUGAAGCUGGUGCUACCGGUCCUCCUGGUCCAGCAGGUCUAAGAGGCGUUCCUGGGUCUCGUGGUCUCCCUGGAUCUGAUGGCAGAGCUGGUGGUAUGGGACCUGCUGGAAGCCGCGGUGCUCCUGGUCCCGCUGGUGCUAGGGGUCCUAGCGGUGAUUCUGGUCGCCCUGGUGAGCCUGGCCUCCUUGGUCCAAGAGGUCUUCCAGGUCAACCUGGUAACCCAGGCCCUGCUGGCAAGGAAGGUCCCGUUGGUUUCCCUGGUGCCGAUGGUAGAGUUGGCCCAACUGGUCCAGCUGGUGCAAGAGGCGAGCCUGGCAACAUUGGAUUCCCUGGACCAAAAGGUCCCAAUGGUGAACCUGGCAAACCUGGUGACAGAGGCAAUGUUGGUGUUGCUGGCUCACGGGGUGCUCCUGGUCCUGAUGGCAACAAUGGUGCUCAAGGUCCCCCUGGUAUUGCGGGAGGUCCUGGUGCAAAAGGUGAACAAGGUCCAGCUGGCCCCCCUGGCUUCCAAGGUCUCCCAGGCCCCUCAGGCCCUGCUGGUGAAGCUGGUAAACCAGGCGACAGAGGUAUUCCAGGUGAAUUUGGCCUCCCCGGUCCUGCUGGCCUAAGAGGUGAACGUGGCGCUCCAGGUGAAAGCGGCGCUGCUGGUCCUGUCGGUCCCGUGGGAAGCCGUGGUGCAACUGGCCCCCCAGGCCCUGAUGGUAACAAGGGUGAACCUGGCAAUGCUGGUGCCCCUGGUGGUCCAGGCCCAGCCGGCUCUGGUGGAAUCCCAGGCGAGAGAGGUAUUGUUGGUGUCCCAGGAGGCAAAGGUGAAAAGGGUUUACCAGGCCCCAGAGGCGAAGCUGGGGCAACAGGAAGAGAUGGCUCUCGGGGUAUUCCUGGUGCUGUUGGAUCCCCUGGCCCCGCUGGUGGCCCUGGUGAUCGGGGUGAAUCUGGUCCUGCUGGCUCUGCUGGCCCUGCUGGUGCUCGUGGUGCUCCUGGUGAACGUGGUGAGAGUGGUCCUGCUGGCCCUAACGGAUUUGCUGGACCUCCGGGCGCCGCUGGCCAAACUGGUGCUAAAGGCGAGCGGGGUCAGAAAGGACCUAAGGGUGAACUUGGUCCACAGGGUGCUAUUGGCCCAGCUGGCAAUAGUGGACCAGCAGGUCCCGUUGGUGCUGCAGGUCCCGCUGGUGGUCGCGGUGACGCUGGUCCUCCUGGCAUCACUGGUUUCCCUGGAGCAGCUGGCAGAACUGGUCCUCCCGGCCCUGCGGGUAUCACUGGUCCCCCUGGUCCUCCUGGCCAAUCUGGCAAAGAUGGUCCUAGAGGCCCACGUGGUGAUACUGGUCCAGUUGGUCGUCCUGGUGAACAAGGUAUCGUUGGCCCAGCUGGUUUCGCUGGUGAGAAAGGUCCAUCUGGAGAGCCUGGUGCAGUUGGUCCUCCUGGUACCUCAGGACCUCAGGGUUUUCUUGGUGCUCCUGGUAUCCUUGGUCUGCCUGGCUCUCGGGGAGAACGUGGUCUUCCUGGCAUUUCUGGAGGAAAUGGUGAGACAGGACCUGCUGGUAUUGCCGGUCCUCCCGGUUCACGUGGUCCCUCUGGACCCUCGGGUGCUCCUGGUAUAAACGGUUCCCCUGGUGAAGCUGGCCGUGAUGGCAAUCCCGGUAAUGAUGGUCCUCCAGGCCGUGAUGGCGCUCCUGGUUUCAAGGGUGAGCGUGGUUAUCCUGGCAGCAAUGGUCCUGCUGGUGCUGCUGGUGCUCCUGGUCCUCAUGGUUCAGUUGGUCCUUCUGGAAAGCCUGGAAAUCGUGGUGAACCUGGUCCCGUUGGUGUUACUGGUCCUGUUGGUCCUGCUGGUGCAAGAGGUCUUGCUGGCCCACAAGGCCCACGUGGUGAGAAAGGUGUACCAGGUGAUAAAGGACCUAGAGGCAUGCCUGGUUUUAAGGGACACAAUGGAUUGCAGGGUCUGCCCGGUCUUGCUGGCCACCACGGAGAUCAAGGUGCUCCUGGUUCCACUGGCCCUGCUGGUCCAAGGGGUCCUGCUGGUCCUACUGGUCCUCAUGGUAAAGAUGGUCGCAAUGGACAUCCUGGUCCUAUUGGACCUGCUGGUGUGCGUGGUUCUCAGGGUAGCCAAGGUCCUAGUGGUCCACCCGGUCCACCUGGUCACCCUGGCCCACCUGGCCCCAAUGGUGGUGGAUAUGGAUAUGAGAUUGGCUAUGAAUCUGAAUACUACCGAGCUGAUCAGCCAUCUCUCAGACCUAAGGACUAUGAAGUUGAUGCCACUCUGAAAUCAUUGAACAACCAAAUUGAGACGCUCCUGACCCCAGAAGGCUCCAGGAAGAACCCAGCCCGCACCUGUCGUGACUUAAGACUCAGCCACCCAGAAUGGACCAGUGGUUUCUACUGGAUUGAUCCCAACCAGGGGUGCAUCAUGGAUGCCAUCAGAGUGUACUGUGACUUCUCCACUGGUGAGACUUGCAUCAAUGCUAAUCCAGAAAUCAUCCCCACUAAGAACUGGUAUGUCAACAAGAGCCCCAGGGACAAGAAGCAUGUGUGGUUUGGCGAAACUAUCAAUGGUGGUACACAGUUUGAAUACAACGAGGAAGGCGUGACCUCCAAGGACAUGGCCACCCAACUUGCCUUCAUGCGUCUGCUGGCCAACCAUGCCUCCCAGAACAUCACCUACCACUGCAAGAACAGCAUUGCAUACAUGGAUGAGGAAACUGGCAACCUUAAGAAGGCUGUUAUACUUCAGGGAUCCAAUGAUGUUGAACUACGAGCUGAAGGCAACAGCAGGUUCACUUUCAGUGUUCUUGAGGAUGGCUGCUCUAGAAAGACCAAUGAAUGGGGCAAAACAAUCAUUGAAUACAGAACGAAUAAGCCAUCUCGCUUGCCCAUCCUUGACAUUGCACCUUUGGACAUUGGUGGCGCUGACCAAGAAUUCGGUUUGGACAUUGGCCCAGUCUGUUUCAAAUGAAUGAACUCAAACUAACUUAAAACCAAAAAAAAAAAAAUCUCUCUUUGCCAUUUCUUUUUUUAUACUGAAAGCUGAUUCCUUCCAUUUCUUCUGUUCAUCUACUUGCUUAAACUCUGGGCAAAAGAGAAGGAGAAGGAUUGAUUGGAGCGUUGUGCAAUGCAAUUUAAUACAGCCCCAAAAGGACUCAGAAGUCUUUCAAGAUUUUAACACCUUGUUUUGGGAAAUGUCAGCCUUUGUAAAAAAACAAAAUAAAAAAUCAUGAAAGUUUG